UCAUUUUUUCUAUAAAUUACUACCGCUUUGAUACUUGUAAAAAUUCUUAGUAAAGUUUAUAAUCAGCAUGCUGUUAGUUUAUCUGCUGCUGCUGUGGCUGUUGCACUUGCCACUUGUGGUAAGAUCAUACAACUAUUGCAACCACAAAAAAAAAUUAUGCGAUCUUGAGCAUUUUGACCACUUUAUCUGCAAAGAUAAAGAUUUGACACCCUUUAAUAAGGAUACACGCCUGUUGGCUGUGCUGCCGGACACACAGAUCCUGCGUGAUAUGAUUGUACGCUUCCACAAUGUGCAUCGCGAUAGAUUGGCUAGUGGUAGUGUUAUGACGAGCAUGAACAAAUCCUUUCCAGCAGCGGCACGCAUGCGUGAACUAAUUUGGGACAAUGAGCUGGGCUAUAUGGCGCGACUGCAUGCCUCCACCGUAUCCUUUAAGCACUCAGAAUGUCGAGCGACUACGCGUUUUCCAUUAGCUGGCGAAUGCUUGGGUUUGGUCUUUCCAAGCUCAGAGCCGCGCUCCAUUGAGGAGUUGAUCAACUUGACGCUGCAGAAAAUGUUUGAUGAAUUUGAAAUGGUUGACGAGCCAGAAGAGUUAGCCAAGAGCUAUCAUGCAGAUCGGGAUCAAGACGUGGGUCACUUUACGGUCAUGAUCAAUGAUCGUGUAUCACGCGUGGGCUGCGGCAUUGCUGUUGGCAAUAAUUGCAUAGGUCUAAACAACACUAUGGGGCAUUGUCAUUUCUUAACUUGCCAUUAUGAUUUUACCAAUGUACAUCAAUCAUACGUAUAUCAGACAGGAGACAUUGGCAGCCGUUGCGGCGAUUGGAACGCCAAAGUGAGCAGUCGCUAUACAAGUCUUUGCACAAAUACGGGCAAAAUAUAUACACAGGAUCCUGCGGAGUCGGAAACAAAAAUACAAAGUGACAUAUAUUAGGGGUUUUAAUAGUAUAUUGUACAUUUAAUAAGUUGUUCAUGUAUAUAUAUGUAUUAUGCAUGUAUUAUGCUUAAUAAUUCAUGUUCCAUCAGACAAAUUAUACAAUUCCUUGCUUUAGCCAUAAAUUGUUUAACUCUUAUAUCUUUAAUUGAUAAGCAAAAAUAUGCACUAAUAUCAACUAACCACUAACAGACUUAG